AUGUUGUUCUUCUUUUAUUCUCUAACAACAAAUAUAGGAAUCGUACAGAAAUAUUAUUAUAUAUUCUGCAUUAUGAAUGAUUUGUUCAUUCAAGUGGAAGACAAUUUACAUCAGCAGCAACAGCAGCAUCAGCAAAACAGUUUUCAUCCAUUGUUUGAAUACGAAAUCAGGAAAGAAGAUUUUGAGAUCAGCUUAGAAAAUGAGAAACUAUUCUAA